AGUUAUAUAAAACUUUUCAAUAUCGAAUUAACAACAAAAUCAGAAAUUAGGGUUUUGUGUAUCUAUCGCAUCAUUUACUGCCGACGACCGACGAUGAUUUACGACGUGAAUUCGCCGCUUUUCCGAUCCUUCCUCAGCCAGAAGGGAGGCGCCUCCGACAAGAGGAAAACAGAGGAGCAGAAGCCCAAGGAACAGAGGCCUAAAGCAAGUGAAAACAAGCCUGUCAUGAAUGAAUGAUAUCUGCCUGAUGUAAAAUUUUAGAAUAUCUGGAAUGUCGUUAAGCAACUUUUUUACAAGAUGUUGAAUAUGUGCUGCAUUUGACAAUUGAAUCGAUCAUAUAUUUUUAAGAUAUUUGAUCUUUUACACUGC